AUGGCGGAUUCUUCCAUUAAAACAUUUCAAGUAUUGUACACGAAACAAUUGCUCAAGAAACAUCCUUCCUACUCGGAUGGAUUUUUGAAAUUUAAUCCCGAAACCAAAGCAAUUACGUUGUUGGAUGAGAAGAAUAGUAAAUUAGAGAAUACUUUUCUUCAUUAUUGUGAGAUUCCAACGAUUGAGAGUGGAGUAGAGUUUCAAACAAAGACAUUCAAAAUUCAAGUAGAGGAUGAGAUUGGAGGAGGCAAAACCAAUUCUAGUAGUGCCAAUAAUAAUAACAACAGUAGCAAUUCAACAACAACAUCAUCCUCACAAUCAAAGCCUUCUUCCUUCACCUCAGCAGCCUCUGUUUCAAAAUCCAGCACUUCCGAUGUAAAAACCACAACAUCCAAACCAGCUACAACAACGAGAAGCGUAACUUCUACCCGUAAACCAUUCAAGCCUCCCCUGAAGGAAAAUUAUGAGAGUUGGAAUAAGAAUUUUGGCAGUGGCUCAAAAUCAUCCUCUGCUACCUUAUCUGACGAUGGUGGCAAUGAUUCCGGUGGUGCUCGGAACACAGUUGCUUUCAGUAGCAAUAACAGAAAUAAUAUUAACAGUAUUACACAAACAAAGUCAAAUAUCAAAGCCAUCGGGAACGACCAUGAUGAUUUGGAUGAUUUAGAUUUUGGAGAAUUUGAUGUUCCUGUUCACUCGACAGGAGCUACAAGUCGAUUUUUCAAAGGAGGAAAUACUUCAAGUUCUGUACAUAAUAAUUCAAAAAACUCAUUCAACGUUUCCUCCCGUACUAACCCUUCAAAAUCUGUUGUACCUGCCCAAAAUAGUGACAACAGCUUUGACGACGAUGAAGUGGAUGAUUUUGAUUUAAACGAUUUGGAAUUACAUAACGACUCUUCUAACGUCACACAUUCAACGAAAAACUUCUUACUGAACAAACAACAAAAUAUCAAACAAACGAGAUCUAGGUAUGAGCCACCACCGCUUGACCCUGAAGAAAAAGAGGAACUGUAUGACGACACUAUGCUUGAUGUUGAAGAGGAUGAGAACUUAAGUGUGCCUCAGACUUUGAAAAAUUCCCGAACACCACAACCAACAAAUAUCACAAAACAGAACAUUCCCUCGACGAAACAAAAUAUGUUGAACAACAAUACUACCAACUCAAAACCAACGUUAGAUCUCGUAAUAGAUGACGAGGAGUUUGAGGAAGGGUUAUUAUCAAAUUCAUCCUCAAAGCACUUUCAAGAGCCAAAGAAAGUAGAAACUACUGCAAGUUCAGGUUUUCAGUCAGCAUCUAAAGUGUUGCAGGCAUCAUCAGGAACGAAACCAAAGGUUGCUCCCAAUCUGGAUCUUAGCCUUGAUAACUUGGACGUAGACUCUGACGAAGAUUUAAAGUUAGAAAGUCCACCUUCAAAAUCAAGCAAUCAAUCUGUUUUCAGACCUCCACAGCCAAUUAAGCCCACGAAUACGAGCCAAAACUCUUUCACUCCUCCUUCUACAUUUUCUAAGCAACCACCAAAGGUAAAGAAAAUUAAUUUUGAUGAUGACGACGACGAAGAACCUAAAGAAUCACACACCACUCCAAGACAAUCCCAAAAAUUUACUCCUCCUCAACAAUUUAUAAGGCCAUCUCCACCACAAUCAACGCCUCCAUCCAAUGAGAAAAGUCUUACAAGCAAAAAAUUCUUAGAAACAACCAAGUCAUCUCCCAACAAAAAGUUCAAGCAAACUCAGCUAAACAUGGGACAAAAGCCAGCAUCAUCUCCAGCUUCAUCACCCAUUGCUACAAGCGAUGACAUACCCAUACUUUCACUCGUCCAGAACGUCAAGAGAACAAAACACGAAAUUAUUUUCCCAGAUGUGGCCAUGAAUGAUUUAUUUGAGCAAAGAAACGCCUCACCUAAACGUUUUGUGGAGGUUCCUGACAAAUUCAGUAGCGUGGAACAUUACAAGACAGUUUUUUUAGAUGCGCUUUAUGAAGAAAUGAAUUUGCAAAUGCUCAAUCUUGCAAUGAACUUCUAUAAGACGUACAGAAAGAUUACACAAACCUCCUCAACCUCUUUUACACCCAAAACCAAUAAUCCACUAUGUCAUUGCAAACUUCAGUCGAAGUUGGCGAUUGUAAAAAAAGACGGCCCAAAUAAGGGAAAGCCAUUUUACACAUGCGGAAAGCCAAACAAAUCAGAACAAUGUAAAUUCUUUGCGUGGGCAAACAAUGUUCAUCCAAGUAUGGUCACCAACACAAAAAAUGGGUUUAUUGAAAACAAGACCGGCGAGUAUGAUAGAAUGGCAUUCUUUCGAAGAAACACAAUUUAUUUUUAUUUUGGUUGCGAAGUUUUAAAACAAACAUUUGGCUCGGCUAGAAAAAAGAAUGCUAUCACACAAUGGUACCUUCAUAUUGACUCUCACAAGGAAAAAAGUCAAUUUUAUGCCAAAGAUGACAUUUGGAUUCUUUCUAAAAGCAAAGAUUUUCAAUACAAGACAGGUAAUCUUGUCAUUGCAAAAAGCGUUUUCCAUGGACCUGACAAAGAUGGGAAGAUUGAGCUUUCAAUUUUGAGUGGAAUUCCCGAAAAUUUGGAGAAUGAAAGCAUUUACGCUAUUCGAGGUCCUAAUUUCACCUCAGAGUUUGAAAUGAUCGAAAAUUUAAAUGAUCUAGAUCCUCUUAAGCUGCCUCUGUUAAGCGACAUUCUAGGAACAACCGAAGAAGAGAAUUUGAAGAUAAUGAGGAAGAGACUCAAUACCAAAUUUAAGCCUCCUGUGGCUUCCUCUUCAAAUAGUGACACAAAUGAAGAACCUAAUAUCACAGACACCUCAAAUGCAACAACCUUUGAAAUUAACAUGGAUAUGGAAGAAAUUCAAUCCAUAGCCAAGUCCUUCAUUUCUGAAUACAAACUCAAUGAAGAUCAAGCAAAUCUUAUUCAGAGGUGUGCUCAGUGGUUUUACAAAGGAGAUACCUCAUCUCCAAUUUGUCUAGUGCAUGGAGUCUAUGGGUCAGGAAAAACCACUGCCUUAAUGGUACUGAUCUUAUUUAUGUGUAGAGUGUUAGAUGAGGCAGACGAUCAAUCUAUUAGAAUAUUAGUAGCAUCUGGAACCAAUGUUGCUGUCGACAAUAUAUUAGAGGGUCUUAUUACUGAAAAUUAUAAGAAUUUGGUACGAGUUGGAAGUCAAAAGAAAAUUGCAAAAGCUGUCCUGCCGUAUACGGUCAUAACUGAAACUACCUCAGUUAAAGAUCAAAUUAAAUCCUUGAAGGAUAUGCUAAAUAAUGAAGCCAUGGAUCCAGAGGAAGAAGCAGGUGUCAAACAAGCCAUUAAGGAACUUCAAAGUGGCGCUCAUGAAAAUCGAAAGCAAUCUGUCAGAGAUGCGAGAGUCGUCGGAGUCACAUGUGCAGCAACUGGAUUCGAAGUGUUAAAAGGUCAAAAAUUUUCAAUUUUAAUUUUGGACGAAAGCUCCCAAUGUCUUGAACCUAGUGCCUUAUUACCUCUGGCAAGAUUUGGGUGUUUGAAAUUUGUUGCCGUUGGAGAUCCAUUGCAGCUUCCUCCAACCCUCACUGGAACCAGAACCGAAAAUCCAGAACAUUCACUAGAAAAAACCAUUUUCAUUAGAUUAUCAAAUAUUGGACAUGAACCGCUUUUGCUUCGAACUCAAUACCGUUGUCACCCUCAGAUAUCAAAAAUUACAAACGAGUUAUUCUAUCAAAACAAAUUGAUUGAUGGAAUUACAGAAUCAGAUAGAGAGCCAUUGAUUCCUGGAAUGCCUCCUGUGAUGGUUCUGGAUUGUGAAGAAGGUGUGGAAGUUUCUGAAAAUACCUCUAUCAAGAAUGAUCUUGAAGCGAAGGUAAUUCUUCAUUUCAUCAAGUUAUUGCUUCAGAAUGGAAUAGCACCUCAAGAUAUUGGUGUCAUUGCUCUCUACAAGCUCCAAGAAAGGUUCCUUUACUCAUCUAUACACGCUGAAGCAAAAGCAGUGAAAGUCAGCACUGUAGACGCAUUUCAAGGAGGUGAGAGAAAUAUUAUACUUGUGAGCACUUCGAGAACAAGUGAAUAUGGCCUUUCCUUUAUUGAACAAAAACAACGUCUUAACGUUGCCUUGUCACGCGCAAGAAAUCACUUGGUCAUUGUUGGUAAAAUGAGCACUCUCAUGAAAGGUACUCUAUGGAGCAAGGUGAUCAACACAGCAAAGACUGUGAAAGGAGCUAUUUGGAAGAGUAAUGUUGUUUUAGCAAACAAUGAUUUUGACUUCCUGAGCAAAUUUAGAGAUUUUUAUCAUCCAGCCUUUCAUCCCAACUCGUCAAGACCAAGAAUCAUGUUGGACGACGAUGACGAUUCUUCUAUUUUGGACGAAGAACUUUUGCCAAAGAAUAAGCAUCUUGAAAAGUUUUCAAAAAUUACUCAUCGAAGAACUUCAGAAUCCUCCAUCAUUACGGAUCAUGACGAAGAAGAAGAGUACAAAUUUGAUGAUGAUGAUAUUGAGGUUUCUGUUGCAGUACCAGAAGAUGAGGAAUCAACAAACAUUCCUACUAAAAAGCCUCAAGCUGUAGAGGAUGAAGAACUUGAAUAUCAUUUUAGUGACGACGAAGAAAUUGAUUUUAACCAAGCAGAUGAAAUUAUGAAUGAAAUGGAACAAGAAUUCAAAGCCAAGCGAAGUCUCACUGACAUGAAAGAGAGUGACAAAAAUAUUGAUGAAACAGCAGAAGAAAAUGACACAAAGAAAACGAAAAGGGACAACGACAACGAGGGAAAUGAGAUCAAGAAUUUCACUCCUCUCCCAAAUGAUUCAGAAACGGACGAGCUUGCAAACCAAGAUGAAAAAAUGUCAGACAUCUCCACUUUUAAUGAGCCACUUCAAACCUUGGAUGUAAGCAACACACCGCUACUGGUUCAAUUUAACAACAAUCAGAGAACAUUACUGCAAGAAAUUCCAUCCAUCACGCCACAAGAAAGUACCGCAUCAAGUAAGGAAGCACCUCAAGCCUCAAAUGACUUGGAUGAUGAUUUGGCUUUCCUUGAAGAGCUCGAAUAA